AUGUCUCUACCGAAUAUCUACACCUACCUACCCCAUCUCCAGGGCAUGCCCCAUGCCAUACAGCCCUGGUUUAAGAAGUCUAAAAAUAGAUACAGAGUAACAUUGGUGAUGGGUAUACCAACUAUAAAAAGAGAUAAACAAAGCUACCUGAUUAAUACUUUGAGAUCACUUCUCGAUAAUCUAAAUGAUAAGGAGAAGAUGGAUGCAAUCGUCGUUGUAUCCAUAUGUGAGGUUUACCAAAAUUUCAUCAAUCAAACGAUCAGAGAUAUAGAAGCAAAUUUCAAGCAAGAUAUGGACAAAGGCUUACUAGAAAUCAUUGUACCCUCACCUUAUUACUAUCCCAACCUGGAUGACCUUGAGGAUAAGUUUGGAGAUACUAUGGAGAGAGUGAAAUGGCGAACGAAGCAGAACCUUGAUUAUAGCUACCUGAUGAUGUACGCAAGAAGUAGGGGGUUCUAUUACCUACAGUUAGAAGAUGAUAUAAUAUCAAAGCAAGGAUAUUUUGAGAGUAUCAAAUCUUAUGCUAACACACAUCUAUCUGAAAAGUGGUUGCUUCUGGAAUUUUCUCAUCUUGGAUUCAUUGGAAAAUUAUUUCGUUCAAGUGAUGUACCCCUGGUUACCGAAUUUUUCCUGAUGUUCCAUAGGGAUAAGCCUGUCGACUGGCUCUUAGAUCAUCUUCUCUAUGUUAAAGUCUGUAAUCCUGAGAAGAGCAACAAACAUUGCUUCCAAUCAAUGGAGUCAUUACGCAGAAGAUACAAACCUUCCCUCUUUCAACAUGUUGGCACUUACUCAUCUCUCAAGGGAAAACUUCAAAAACUUAAGGACAAAGAUUUCAAGAAAGAUAUGCUAUUUAAAGUGCACACCAACCCGUCUGCCGAGAUCACGACCUCCAUUAGAUCAUACAAGACCUAUCUGAUCAACAUGGCCUACGCUGGCAGUACCUUUUUCUGGGGCCAGUCACCUGAGAAGGAUGAUUUCGUGCUCUUCCUCUUUGAUGAACCUAUCUGUGUUGGAAAAUAUUUAUUCAGGAGCGGGGACGUGGAGCAUCCGGGCGACAAGUUCUACAACACGUCAGUUGAAGUACUCCAGGCGACAGAGACCAGCAACAAAACAACAACCGACCAUCCGAAGCAGCAGCGACGAACGAAUUCUCCCAUGCCGAAAACCGACGACGACGAUUACGUAGAAGUCGGUAAGUUCGAUAACGUCAGUGGACUGGCUCAGGGUUCUGUACCGGCGAAUCUCUGCCCUAUUAAGGCGGUCAGGUUAAAGGUCAAUAGUCCCUCUGAAACCUGGGUCAUUCUGAGUGAGGUUAGAGAAGAUUUUCAAUCUGAGAGUUGA